AUGGAAGGCGUCGACGUCGUGGAUAAACGGUUGACGAUCAAAGAUAGCGUCAUCCUCACGGCACGCACUCUAGAUGCGAACUGGGCGUUCGCAGGCUGGGAAAGUCAAUGGGGCUCGGAUGCGGUUCGAUAUGUGACCGCGAGUCGCAGGGUUGGUGAAAAAAAUGGUCGACCAGGCUAUGAGGGGUAG